AUGGCUAAUUUUUACGGUUCAUUGGCAUGGGGGACUUUGCUCUGCCUCUGUUUCACAGUUUGGAAUGGACUGUUGUUCCCUCUCACUAAUGCCGUUAUAUUUCAAGUAGGUGAUGGGAAAACCCCGGCUAAGAUUCUAAAGGGGCAACGUGAUGCUCUUACUGCAAAGCUGUUCGGUUUACGGGCUCGAAUAGGUCGCGCCGAGAGUAUGCGCCAAGAUCUGCUGACCAAAUGCGGCAAGUAUAUGGACUAUGAUGGAUCAGAUAUAGAUAAAAAAGAAGACGCUGAACUUUUUGAGAAAUAUAGGAGAGAGCUAGAAGUGUUGUACGCAGAUUCUCAGAUGUAUCGUGAAAUGACUGAUUUAAUGCAAUCGUUCGAAGAAGCAGAAAUCAAGCUUGGGCGUAAGAAUAUCUCCGAUGCGGAUAAGAAUACUUAUAAUCGUGUUUUAAUCGCAGAAGCCCGCGAAUUUAGUCGCAGAGGGUUCGUUUUUACUGAGCAAAAACUUGAUCAAUUACUUGCUCGGUAUAAUGGUUUCCUCAAUAAUUGUGGCAGUUUCAUUCGCCGGGUCGCCGACUCUUCUGAGGAAAAUCAAGGUGUUUCGCAGGGAGGCAGCGGGGGAAAUGGCAUAGCACCGGGGACAGCACCUAGCAAAUCGGAUGCUACUGGCGUUCCGACUGGUUCCGGUAGCGACGCAGCCGAAAAGGACGGGAAGGGAGGUGAUAUAUCUGGGACCUCGGUCGCGGAUGGUUUUGAGGACUAUAAGGAAUUCAUGAGGCAGUUGUAUCACGUACAACAAUGCUUGACUGAGACCAUGCAACUUGUAAAAAAAAUUGAGUCCAAAGCAUCUGAGUAUGACGCCAGAACGUCAAAUCCCCAAGCAUUGGAAUUUAAGCAAAGGGCUGAGAAGGUCGCGAAAAAGGCUAAUGAACUCCAACCGAGACAGGCUGAGUAUAGUGCGAUGUGUAAGCUCUAUAGAGAUUACAAUGAUUCUAUACGAAACCUCUCAAAGGCGAACAAGGAAGACGAAAAGAAACACGCUGAAGCUUUAAAAACCCUGAUGCAAGCAUUAAAUAAGGGGAAUUAUAGUCAGAGCCUAGAACAGUUGGAACCAGAUUAUUUGUUGUGUAGGGAAAUUUUAAUGGAAUGCCAAGAUCUGGAUAAGCAUCCGGUAGGCACUGUUGAGGAAAAACGAGAUGUGCCGAUUGCAACGGGAGACACUAACACAGUCAUCUCAGACUUAGAACUUGUAGAGGAUGACGAAGGUAUUACCGACCAUGAUACCGGCGUGGUGCCCAGUGGAUCCACUGAAGAGGCGGCGGAAACCGAGGUUACACCGACCGAGCUGACCGAUGAAAAGGCAGCAGCAGAGCGAGGUAGUCAUAAGAACAUGCGUGAAGACUCGGCAUCAUCCAGCGAAUCAGGAUACGCAACACUUGACCUACUGGCUGUAAACAUUUUUACACUCAUCCAGCUAGUAUCUUUGAUUUGA